AUAAGAGCGCUAGCUUCACCAUCUGCCACUGUGGUGCUUGAGCUUGCACGUUUGCAUACGCGAAAUACUCGCAUCACCGGGCGCCCACCCGGAGCGCCGGCUUCCAGAGCUGUAGAGUAGUCAGAUGCGAUGAGUGGCAAAGGCGGUGGCGCUAGAGGAGGCAGAGGGAGAAGAAGCAACUAUGGGGACGAAGACCCUGCUGCAGACCCUGGCGAUGGGGCGCAGCGAGUCGCUGGGGGCGUCUUCAAAAACGCAGCUUUCGAAAUAUUGAAACAGGAGGAGCGCCUGAUGACUUCAGGCGAAAUCACUAAGCUCGCCAUCGAGCGGCGCUUGCUGAAGUGCAUGGGCAAAACUCCGGAAAACACGAUGGCAUCGGCCCUAUACACGGAAGUGCGCAAAAAGGCUGCAACAACCGUGUUCAUAAAGCCAAAGGAAGGCCUUUUUGGGCUUAAGGCCUGGCUGACCGAGCCCUGGCUGGUCAGCUGGCUGGCGACGGAGGGCAUCGAGCCGGAGGACCUGCUCACGCCGCAGGCCGCCGCCGCCUUCGCCGCCGCCGCCAUGCCCGCCGAGCACACCACUAAAAAGGCCCGCACCAGCUACAACGGCUCCGUGUCCCGCGCGGCCAGCGGCACCGGGUUCUUUGUAGCAGGCAUUGCGGGCGGUCCAGGGGUGGGUAGCGGCCCUGGCAGCCUCCGCACCUCCAUGAAUGGGCUAGCGGUGCCGCCGCUGGCGGUGGGCAUGGGCGGCGGCGGCGGCGGCGGAUCGCACCGUGUGUCGUUCAAUGGGCUGCCGACACCCACCGGCGGCGCAGUCGGACACCGGACGUCAUUGAACGGGCUGGCGGUAGCGCCGACGAGCAGCGGCGGCGCACGGGGCGGCUUUGGCAGCCGCGGCGGCGGCGGAGUGCUGGGGGGACCGGGCGGCCUGAAUGCUUCUGACAGCGUCAGCAACCUGCACCUACUACUUGAUGCAGCCGACGAGAUUGAAGGCGGCCGGACGCCGCCCUCGGGCGGCGGCAACGACGAGGACCACGACACCGCCGACGACGGCGACCUGCCGCCCUUUGCCCGGCCGCCGCCCUCGCGCCGCCGCAGCGACGGCGUGGGGCGGCAGUCGUCAUUCCGCAACCAGCAGCCGGGCGCGGCGGUGCCGGGGCCAGCGGCAGUGCAGCAGACCAGCGGCGGCGGCGCCGGCGGCGCGGCCGCCUACCGGCCUUCCACGCUCAGCCGCCAGCCGUCGUUGCCGUCCAUCAUGACGAAGUGCCGGGUGCGCGAUGACGAUGAUGACGAGGAGGAGGAGGAAGAGGAGGAGGGGGCCGGGCGCGGCGCGAGGAUUCCGGGGCUGCGGGAGGAGGACGAUGACGAGGAGGACGCGGACGGCAGUGGGCGCGGGCACGGGCUCGGGCAAGGGCAGGGCGUGUAUGGCAGCCCGGUGCGCAAGCUGCCGUCGCACCUGCGGCAGCAGCAUCCGUUCGGGCACGCGCUGGAGUUCGGCCAGCGGCAGCGCGAGCGCGAGCUGCGGGAGCUGCGGGAGCUGCAGCAGCAGCACCUGGCGCAGAACGCCGCGGCGGCGGCGGCAGGCGGCGGCAGCAGUGGCGGCACGGCGGAUCCGCAGCAGCACCCACACCACCACUACCACGCGACAGGCGGCAGCGGGCGGCUGCUGCGCGGCGGGCCACGCGCGCAGGGCUCCGGCUCGCGCGACACCACCGGCCCCGCCACCUCGGGCGACGACGACGGCGCGGCGCCCGGCGCCGGCAGCAAAGGCAGCGCGGAGCGCAGCGGCGGCGGCGGCGUGCGCUUCGGGCCGACGGGGUCGGCGGAGCGGAGCGGCGACCUGCAGACGGGGCCGCGUGGCGCGGGCGACGGCGGCGCGGGCGAGAUGGACGACGACGGGCACCACCCCGGAGUGUUCCGGGGCCCUCGCGGCGGCCGCUCCAGCGGGCGACGGACCAGCUGGGCGGGCAAUGCGGUGCUCGGCGCUGGCGGCAGCGGGGGUGGCCUGGUGUCGCGCGGGAGCCGGGGCUCGGCCGGGGAGGCACCGAACGGGGGGUCCGGGCGGCGGGUAGCAGGGACGCAUGCAGAAGGCAUGGAACUCGACGGCGGCGGUGGCUCCGCGUCAGGCGGGGCCGGCGGCAUCGGCGGCGGCAACGGCGACGGCUUCACGGCGGCGUCGCGGCCGCCGCUGGCGCCACCGCUGCCAUUGCCCGGCGGCCCCAGUCUGUUCCAGCGCCAGUCGUCGUCGGCCAAGGCAUCGCCGUCGCUGCCGCCGUCACCGGAGGUGGCCACGUCUGGCGGGCCAACCCUGCCGCCGGCACUGCUGAGCCUACUGGCGGGGGCGGGUGGGCAGCCACCGCAGCUGUUUCAGGGGCCGCCCAUACGCGGGUCGGGUGCAGGCUCUUCAGGCGGUGGCGGCAUCCGCGCUUCUAGCAGCUUUGUUGGUGGCAGCGGCGCUGGGGCCGGCCUGCCACCCGCGCUCACAUCGCCCUCGCCGCCGCCGCCGCCGCCACCGUCGCAGCAGUCGCCGCAGCAGUCGCAGCAGCAGCUGCCGACGACGGAGCAGGUGGUGGAGCACCUGCGGGCAGUGCUGGCAAGCAACGGCGCGCUCGGGGUGGCCGGCAGCAGCAGCGGUGGCGGAGGCUGCGGUCUGGGCUUUGGCUUCGGGCAGCUGCCGGUGGGCCUGAUGGGCGCUGUCGGCGGUGGCCUCAGCAGCAGCGGGCUAGACCUGCUGGCGCUGCUUGGUGGCGCUGGGGCGGCGGCUGGCGGCGCGAACUUGGCAGCGGCACGGGCGUCGCCGACGGGUGCCGGCCCCGACGGCAGCCCGGCGGCGGCUCUGGGCCUCAUGUCGCCGCGGCUUGCAUCACUGCUCGGCGCCGCGAGCUCGACGCACGGCCCGGCGUCGCCGGGUGCGUCGGGCGGUCAGGCGGCCGGCGCCGGGAAGGCGGAGCCGGGCGCUUCGUCUCCUGUGGUGAAGGUUGAGGCCACACAGGAGCCAGCUUCCGACGCGCCCAUGAAGGACGCUGGCUCCAACAGCUUUAAAGAGGCCGGCGCCGCCGCCACGCCGGCCGCAGCGCCGGACGGCGCCGCUGCAGGCGCCAAGCCGGAGCCCGGCGAGGGCCCGGCACACGCGACAGCGCCGUUGAUGACGGGCGCCGCUGCGGCCGUUCACGAGGGCAUGAACAGUCCAGACUCGCAGGACGCGGGCGCCACAGCCGCUGUGCCGCGCAUUUCCGACGGCGCGACCGGUGGCGUUGACGGUGCGCCUCGUGCCGCAGGUGGGGGCGAGGGCGCGGGGGCAGGCGAGGCCGGUGCGCCGGCACAGCCGCCGCAGCUGCUUCGCAAGGUGGAGCUCCCUGGGACGCUGUCACCGGUGGUGGCGGCGGUGGGCCUGGCGGCCACGCCUGGCGGUGCCUCAUCGCCGGCCAGUGGCGGCGGGGGCGUGGGCAGCCCGCAGCAGCAGCUGCUGGCUCGGCAGCAGCAGCAGACGCUGGAGCUGCUACCGCCGGUGGAGGCGGCGCGGCCGGGCGAUGUGCCGGACCCGGAGGCCAUCAACCGCAUCCGCACGCAGGUGCUGGACAUGGAGUCGCGCAUGGGCAUGCUGCACCGCGAAACCGGCCGCGCCUACGUGCUGCUGGCUCGGGUGCUGGAGCACAAGGGCACCGCCUGGUCUCUCGCCAUGGCGGAGCGGGCGCUGCUGCGCGCCUGGACCAUCACGGGGUUCGUCACCAGCAGCGGCGCGGCACGGCGCCGCAGCGAGUCCGGCGCCGGCGCGGCGGCGGUGGCGGGCGUGGCGGAGGCGGCGGCGGCCGAGGCGGGCGGCGCGGGCGUAAGCGAGCUGCUGUGCCAGCUGCCGGACAGCUUCCACACCUUCCAGUUCAUGCUGGAGCAGAUACGCAUGAAGCAGAGCAUCCUGCACGUGAAGCAGCAGCAGCAGCUGGCGGCGCUGCUGCAGCUGGUGGCGGUGGCGGGCAUGUCGGGCGCCGCUGCAGCUCGCGGCACGGGUGCUGCCGCGGCGGCUGUGGUCGCGCCCGCGGCAGUGCCGGCUGAUUCAGAUCCGGGUGCGGGCCUGCUGGGGGCGCUAGCCGCUGCAGCUGAAGCCGUUGCACCGGAACGCGGCAUCGCGGCUGCGCCUGCCGGGCCGGAGGAAGCGGCGGCGGCGGCGCCAGCGAUACCUCGUGAUGAUGGCGAGUAUGGCGGAGCCGGCGGAGCCCAGUCCCCGUCGCCGAUGCUGAUUGACGCGGUCGCUUCUGCAAGCACCUAAUGACUGCGAUGACAUUGUGCAUCUUGUGGCACUUUAAACGGGUGGAGCUCCCGCAGACAAGAGUUCAAUAGCACUACGAAAAGCAAACUGCACGCAUGUGUUCACAUAAACAUGACCGUACCAGGUACGAUAAGAGCAAGCAUCACGGGGUGGCGGUUCUGUUCAGGCUCUGUCGCAAGCAUGCCUCAGAGCACAGCGCUGAGGUUGCUUCGCUGCGCGAGAACGUCUGCUUUGUCAAUCGGCUGUUUGUCAUGUGUACGCAUGGGGGUCCACCAAAGUCACUGAUGCUUUGAAGAACUUUUUAUGAGUGAGGCGGCGCGGGUUAGCAGCACAGCGCGGGCAAGUGGCAUGUAUACACAGCAGCAUCGUACACAUUCGCGCCUGUUUAGGCGGACGGAUGUUCCCCUGCGAACGACAGGCAUAGCUACGGUGUGACCGGAGCGCGCAGAAUUGCCACGACCGCAUUGGGGUUAGUACAGAACAUUGUGUAAGUCGAUGGGUUGUCGCCAGGCGCUGCACUCCGACUGGGCCGUGUGUGGUGGGUUGAGGGGCAUUGCUCCCAAGCGAGGACGAGUCGUAAGGCACCUAAAUGCCACACGGCGGAUCAAAAAUGCUGUGGGCACACCAGUAUGCGGUGGUGGCCUGACGGAGCUGCCCGGCUGUGGUUCGUUCCGUGUCGAUGUGCGCGUGGCCGACGAGGGUGGGCAGGCGGAGGACGAGGCUUGUUGUGCUGCGACGGCUUCACGCUCUGAGGGAGUGUAGGUAGCAGAAGUGGUGGCAGCGUGGCUAGAACUGUUGGCGGCAUUGACAUGAAUGAGAUUCGCGGCGUGGGUUGGAAAGUUAGGAACCCCAUGUCAUGCGGGCUGCGUGUCUGGCUCAAGUUGACCUCUGAAGCGGGUGAGCACUACCACGUGUUGAGCGGGUCGUGUAAAUCAGAGUGACAGGCUUUGGGUAAUGACUGCUGAGUGAUCGUGUGUGCGGAGCACACGGCUAGAGUUGUCUGGAAAGGUGUUGUCCGCGGUCCAAUGACGUGAUGGCAAGGCGCUGGCGACGGGAGCGAGUCCAUGCAACCGAUUGAAGCCCAUUUGACGGCCGCACCGCGCACAGCCGCCCACAGCAGGUGAAACCGUUAAAACCGCU